UGUGGGCGUGGCUCGUAGGAGGAGGGCCCCGAGGCCUCGCUCUAGAAUCGGAAGCGCUUCGUGCGGCUCCAGUGCGAGGCGAUGGCGGCGGCGGAGGGUGAGACGGUCGCAGAAAAUCCAUAUCUGCACUUGGUGGAACCUCUACAUGAAGACAACCCAGACCACAAAUUCUUUAACCUCCUAAAGUUGAAUGAUCCCCGAUACGAGAGAUUACCUUUCUGCAUUCGCAUCCUGCUGGAGUCCACGAUCCGGCACUGUGAUGGCUUCCACAUUCGCCCAGUCGAUGUUGAGAACAUCCUGGACUGGAGAGAAACAGGGACAUGUAAAUUGGAGGUCCCAUUUCGCCCAGCACGUGUCAUCUUGCAGGAUUUCACUGGCAUCCCCGCGGUGGUGGACUUUGCGGCGAUGCGAGACGCCGUACAGCGUCUGGGCGGAGAUCCCAGCCGAGUGAACCCCACGUGCCCAGCCGACCUGGUCAUUGACCACUCGGUGCAGGUGGACGUGAGCCGCAACGCCCCCCCGAUUGCCGCUAGCCCAGCUUCGUGGGCGCCCGCCACAACAGCAGCGGGCUGUGCGGACUGCAGCGCUCUGUGUCAGAAAAUGAGGCACAAAGACCCGAGCCCAGCCAGCCUGCCCGGCCACGUAGACAGCAGCUCACUCUGCCCCUUCCACUUACAGCCGCUGCCAGGGCCUGACAGCCUGCAGAAAAACCAAGAGCUGGAAUUUGAAAGAAACAAAGAGAGGUUCCAGUUCCUUAAGUGGGGGUCUCACACGUUCAAGAACAUGCUGGUGGUGCCCCCGGGCACGGGCAUCGUUCACCAGGUGAACUUGGAGUACCUGGCCCGACUCGUCUUCUUGCUCGAUGGGCUCUACUACCCCGACAGCCUGGUUGGCACCGACUCCCACACUACCAUGAUCAACGGCCUUGGCAUCCUUGGCUGGGGUGUGGGUGGCAUCGAGGCUGAGUCUGUGAUGCUGGGCCAGCCGAUCAGCCUCAUGCUGCCAGAGGUGGUUGGAUACAAACUAACAGGACGGGUCAGCCCUCUUGCCACCUCCACCGAUGUGGUGCUCACCAUCACAAAGCACCUGCGACAGGUUGGGGUGGUGAGCAAGUUUGUGGAGUUCUUCGGGCCAGGAGUGGUGCAGCUGUCUAUCGCCGACCGCGCCACCAUCGCCAACAUGUGCCCCGAGUACGGAGCCACGGCCGCCUUCUUCCCUUUUGACACCGUCGGCAUGAUGUACCUUCAGCAGACCGGUCGAGAAGAGGCCAAAAUGAAAUAUGUCGAGGACUACCUAAAGGCUGUCAAACUCUUCAGGGACUACAGCGAUACGUCGCAGGAUCCCGACUACUCUCAGGUGGUGGAGCUAGACCUAGCGUCGGUCGUGCCAUCGGUGAGCGGCCCGAAGCGACCCCAGGACCGCGUCGCCGUGGAAGACAUGAAAACAGACUUCCAAUGCUGUCUCAACCAGAAGGUUGGCUUCAAGGGAUUCCAGGUGCCUCCCGAGAGGCAGAGGGACGUGUGCCCGUUCCGGUUCGAGGAAGACGUGGAGCAGGCCGAGUACGAGCUCGCGCACGGCUCCGUGGUCAUCGCCGCCAUCACCAGCUGUACCAACACGAGCAACCCGUCGGUCAUGCUUGCAGCUGGGUUGCUGGCAAAAAAGGCAGUGGAAGCAGGCCUGAGCGUGAAGCCGUACAUCAAGACCAGCCUGUCCCCGGGCAGCGGCGUGGUCACCUACUACCUCAAUGCCAGCGGCGUGCUGCCCUACAUGGAGAAGCUCGGGUUUGAAGUUGUUGGCUACGGGUGCAUGACUUGCGUCGGGAACAGCGGGCCUCUACCGGAUUCUGUUGUUCAGGCCAUCUCUCAGGCGAACCUGGUGGCGUGCGGCGUGCUGUCGGGAAACCGCAACUUCGAAGGACGCAUCCAUCCGUCUGCCCGUGCCAACUACCUGGCCUCUCCGCCCCUAGUCAUCGCUUACGCCAUCGCUGGCACCGUCAGCAUUGAUCUCAAGUCUGAGCCGCUUGGUGUGAAUGCCGAGGGGAAGGAGGUGUUCCUACAAGACAUAUGGCCCACCCGGGAGGAGAUCCAGGAAGUUGAAAGGCAGUUUGUCAUCCCGUCCAUGUUCCGUGAAGUCUACGACAAGCUGGAGAAAGGGAAUGAUCGCUGGAACUCGCUGCCGUACCCAGACAUGACACUGUAUCCCUGGGACACAAAGUCUACCUUCAUUAAGAGUCCGUCUUUCUUUGAGAAGCUGUCGUUGGAGCCCAAGCCGGUGGAGACAAUUGUAGAAGCACACGUGCUUCUGUUCCUGGGAGACUCCAUUACCACGGACCACAUAUCUCCGGCUGGCAGCAUUCCCCGCAACAGCCCUGCUGCCCGCUUCCUUGCCAACCUUGGGAUGACUCCACGAGAGUUCAACUCGUAUGGUGCUCGACGGGGCAACGAUGCCGUAAUGACAAGAGGGACGUUCGCCAAUGCCCGCCUCUUAAACAAGCUCGUUGGAAAGCCGGGACCCAAGACACUGCACGUGCCUUCAGGCGACACGCUGGACAUCUACGAUGCAGCCGAGCGCUACCAGCAGCAUGGGCAACCGCUCGUCAUCCUGGCGGGAAAGGACUACGGGUCGGGCAGCUCCCGAGACUGGGCAGCCAAAGGGCCUUACCUCCUGGGCGUGAGAGCUGUACUUGCCGAGAGCUACGACCGCGUGCACAGGAGCAACCUGGUGGGGGUCGGCAUAGUGCCGCUGCAGUUCAUGCCCGAGCAGAACGCCCAGAGCCUUGGCCUGACAGGCCGCGAGAAGUUCACCAUUCUCAUUCCGGAGAGGCCCAUGCCGGGGAUGGCGAUUGAUGUGCAGCUGAGCACAGGGAAAACGUUCCAAGCCAUCAUGCGCCUGGAGACGGAGGUGGAGCUCGCUUACUACCAGCACGGGGGCAUCCUCAACUACAUGGUGCGCAACCUGCUCAAGGCGUGACAACCAUCCCCUUGGCAGCGGGAGGUGGUGGCCGCGGUGUGGCGAUGCCGGAGGGCUUGCUAAUAAACAUCCCCAAGUUCAGAGGGCGGGUGGCACAGGCUUUGCACAAUUUGUUUCGUUGUUGCAACAAAUUGGAUAAAUGUAAAUUGAAAAUCUGACAAUGUUCAAGCUGCUCAUUUUCUCUUGAAUGGAAAUGUGAUUAUCACCAAAGCCUUGUUUUGCUCUGCCUUCCUUCAAAUGGCAAACAUACUUGUGCAGUUUUUGUAAUGGGAAAAAAAAAACAUUAAUAAAAUCUGAAACACUGCUUGCAGCUUAUUUUUGCAAAUAAUGUUAAUUUACAUUACACUUUAAAUUUUGUCAUUCUUUGUGCACAAAUUUUAAUUACUGCUGUGUAAAUUAUUAAACCCCCACUGGCAGUGUUAUCCACAGAUACUCUUAAGGACACUCCAGUCAGAGUAUCUGUAAAGAACGUUAACACAGUUAACAACUCUAAAUAACUUUAAUCUUUAAGAAAAUGUUUCCCUAUUACUGUACCUAAAUUAAGAAAUUCUCAACAAUUAAUAAGAUUCAUCUCACAAUACUUAAGCUUUAUGGAGGAUUGUAUUUACCAAUUGCAAUCGAGGCAAAAGCUUUCAAAGAGAAAGACAUUGGCAGAGCCAUCAUGCAAUUAGCAUGCUAUGAAGUGAGAGUUGGGCACCUGAAAUGCAUUAAGGGGUAUAGCCAACCAGGCCCAUGACAUGUUUUAACCUUCGAGGUGUCUGGAGCACUGUACACUACAUUGGUUCUUUUGGGCAGCAGGGUGGCGCAGUGGUAACAAAAGGGCCCUGGGUUGGAUUCCCUUUUUAGGCCUCGUUUCUGUGUGGAGUUUGUGUUCUCUCCCCUGUUCUGUAUGGGUUUCCUCUAUCUAACAAAACACUGUAACUGGUAUUGGCCACGCAACGAUAAAACAUGUAUUGCAAAUUACUCAAUUGGGAUUACCAUAUCACCCACGACUGCAACAAUUUGUCAAAACCUUUGUGAAAGGGAGUCUUGAUGCUCGGUAAGACUUUCCUGGAUAAACAGGCUUAGAUUCUAGUAAUUAAGGGCAUGCUGUCAAUUGCCAUCAAGGCAUCGAAUGCAUAAAACCUAAAGUAAUUUUUACUUUAAAUUUUAAAACUGCAGUUUCACGAUAUCACACCCUUUUAAAAUAAAGGAUUUGAAACCAUAAAGCACCCUCAAGAUGUGGUUAUUAAAGUUUUAAUGUAUGAAUUUACAUUCAGGAAUUAUUGCAAAAACUGAUUUUCUUUUGGCACCACAGACCAUCGAGUUGGUCGCCGAUCGUCGCCACCACCGUCCGCAAUAUUCACAGCAGCUUGGUGCUCGGCAGCGUUGAUGGUUUACAGGCCUGCGACAUGCACGACUUAAGACCUCCCCCCCCCCCCCCCAAGUGCAUGGAAUAAAAACUGUGCACUUCGAAACGUGGCUAACUUCUGGAUAAAGAUUACUGUAAAGGUGAAUUGUUUUGUAAUAGUUGGAGGUGGCAGAUGCCGAUGCGUGUAAACCUGUUGAGCGUUCGGAGUUUAAUCGACUGGGUUCAGAACAUGAAGUCAAAUGAGCCAAAGUGCCAUAUGCAAACGCUGUUUUCUUAUGUGUUCUUUUUUUUAAUCUAGCAGUAAUGAAUAUCCUGUAAUAUAGUACUUCAAAUUUAAAUGAUUAAAAUCCAUAGAGUAUAUAAAAAAUAUAUAAAUAUACCUAAGGCACGCUUCAUAAUUAUGUUCAGAACUGCACUGAAAUCAAGCCUUCAAGGUUCUGAGCCCAGCAGUUUUGUGUCGUUUGCAUAUUUGGCCCAUCUGAACCUUUUCUCGAAGGAAAAGAUGCACAAUAUUCAAUCAAACCAGCAGUCACUGAAGACAACAUUUUAAACAGAAAUUGAGGCUUCUUUGUGAAGCUCCUAUACGACGUGAAACCCUUAGCUCCUGAUGCGUCAUAACAAGGCUGCCACUUCGCUGUACGUUGCAUUACCCACUGUGGCUUCCCUCCUUUUGUUAGAAAGCUCAGACUCCUGUGUUCAGACUUCACCGUUUAUUAUCAUCUUUUAGUGUGAGAUUGAAGUCAGUCGAUGAUAACGCUGUUUUCAAUAAAUGAUACAUUACUGCA